AUGGUCAAAUUUAGUUGCCCUUUGCUUUCAUAUGAUAGAAAGUGAAAGUGCAUGGGAAGGGAAGAGUCUUGGAUUCUUCACACGCACGCAGGUCAGUGGUCGGCCACAAGUAAAACCUCAAGUUUGGUUGAAUUUACAGGUUAUACCAACACCGAAAGAAAUGUUUGUUUAGAAGAUAAGAAAGAAAAUAAAUAAAUUUGAAUUUUGAAAAUUAUAUGAAAAAGAAGGGUCAGUAGACUCAGGAUCACGACUCAGUAGAUGAUGAGAGAGAAAAGUGAAACCAAAUCAGCGAGCAAAGGGGGAAGAAUACCCUUCUCUUAUUUUCAUCAUGUGCUGAAUCGGUUGAGUUGACUCGAGUUUUAACGGUUUCAGAUUUCUGUUUUUCAGAUUAAUUGUAUGGUGUUGAUUGAAGUUAGAUCUGAGCUAAUAUUGAUAAAAUAGACUUCUAGUUUUUUUUUUAUUUGUUUCAAAGGAGAUGUGGCUGCCAUGAACAAUUCUGUGAAGGACAUGAGUAAGUAGUUGGGAACUCGGGAUUGAAGAUUUUAGAAAGAAAUGGAAGAAGUAGGUGCACAAAUGGCUCCUCCUAUAUUUAUGCAUCAUCAAGCCCUUUCUAGUAGAUUCUGUGAGGCGACUUCUAUGGCUAAAAAGCGCCAUCAUUCGUAUCAAGCUCCAAAUUUUAAUUACCAAUACCAAUCACAGCAACAGAGAAUAGAUAACUGGAACCCUAAGCUAUGGGAUUGGGAUAGCGUCAGAUUUACUGCCAACCCACGAGACUCCUCUGAUUCUCUUCGUUUGGGAGCUUCAGUUGCAUCAGCGUCAGUAGCAUCAGAGGUGCACAAGGUGACGAUAGAGAAGAAUACUAGUGUUAGCGUUGUGAAUGAGGACGAUGGCCGGCUUGAUUUGAAUCUUGCUGGGUGUUUAAAUAGUGUGGAGGAGCCUGUUUCCAGACCCAGCAAAAGGGUCCGGUCUGGACCUCUGGGAAGCACCUCUUACCCUAUGUGUCAGGUAGAUAACUGUAAAGAAGAUCUCUCAAAUGCAAAAGACUAUCACCGACGACAUAAAGUGUGUGAACUUCAUAGUAAAUCUACUACAGCUCUUGUUGCGAAGCAGAUGCAGAGGUUCUGCCAGCAGUGCAGCAGGUUUCACCCACUUUCAGAGUUUGAUGAGGGAAAGAGAAGUUGUAGGCGUAGACUUGCUGGGCAUAACAGGCGAAGAAGGAAAAACCAGCCGGAUGACGUUACCUCCCGUCUGUUAAUCCCUCCAAAUCAGAAUCACGUUAACCCCACAAGUGGGAGUUUGGAUAUUGUCAACCUUCUAGCCACGAUAACUUGUGCACAAGGAAAAACCGAAGACAAAAGCAGCAACCGCUCAUCAGUACCAGAUAGAGACCAAUUAAUUAUGAUUCUUAGUAAAAUAAAUUCACUACCUCUGCCAGCGGACCUAGCUGUGAAGUUGCCAAGUACUGGAAAUUUGAAUGGGAAAAAUCCAGAGCAACCUUCCUCAGAAUUCCAGGGCAGGUUGAACGGGAACACAUCUUCUCCAUCAACCAUGGACUUGCUAGCUGUCCUGUCAACCACCCAAGCUACUUCUGCUCCAGAUGCUCUCACAAUUCUCUCCCAAAGAAGUAGCCAUGGCAGUGAUAGUGAGAAAACAAAGUUGACCUGUCUUGACCAAGCAACUCCUAACUUUAAAAAGAGAAGUACCUUAGAGUUUCCUUCUGUUCAAGGAGAAAGAAGUAGUAAUAGUUACCAGUCGCCUAUUGAAGAUUCAGAUUGCCAAAUUCAAGAAACUUGUGCUAAUUUACCGUUGCAGUUGUUUAGCUCUUCGCCGGAGGAUGACGGCCCACCAAAACUGUCAUCUUCAAGGAAGUAUUUCUCGUCUGACAGUAGUAACCCCACUGACGAGAGAUCUCCAUCUUCAUCUCCUGUUGUGCAAAAGUUGUUCCCAAUGCAGAGCACAACAGAAACUAUGAAGAUUCAAAAGAAAUCUGUCAGCAGGGAUGCCAAUGCAAAUGUCGAAGCGAGCCGGACUUGUGGUUCUGUUAUGCCUCUUGAGCUCUUUAGAGGUUCAAAGAGAGGAACUGAUCAUUGUUCAUUUCAAUCUUUCCCAUAUCAAACUGGGUAUACUUCUUCUUCUGGGUCUGAUCAUUCACCUUCUAGCUCGAACUCUGAUGCCCAGGAUCGCACCGGCCGGAUAAUUUUUAAAUUAUUUGACAAGGAUCCUAGUCAUUUUCCUGGGACAUUGCGGACACAGAUCUACAAUUGGCUUUCUAAUAGUCCAUCAGAAAUGGAAAGCUACAUACGCCCUGGUUGCGUGGUAUUAUCAAUUUAUGUGUCAAUGUCAUCAGCUGCUUGGGAGCAAUUUGAAGGAAAUCUGCUUCAACAUGUCAAUGCUUUGGUCCAAGAUUCAGAUUCAGAUUUUUGGAGAAAUGCAAGGUUUUUGAUUCAUACGGGCAGACAGUUGGCAUCACAUAAGGAGGGGAAGAUUCGUCUAUGCAAGUCCUGGAGAACAUGGAGUUCUCCUGAGUUGAUCUCUGUGUCUCCUUUGGCAGUUGUCGGUGGGCAAGAAAACUCUCUUAUUUUGAGGGGCAGAAAUCUGACUCGGCCUGGAACCAAGAUCCAUUGCAUGUAUAUGGGUGGGUACACAUCACAGGAGGUAACAGGGUCAUCAUAUCAGGGAACCAUGUAUGAUGAGAUAAACUUGGGUGGCCUUAAAUUUCAGAAUGCAUCUCCUAGUGUUAUUGGACGAUUUUUUAUUGAGGUGGAAAACGGUUUCAAGGGCAACAGUUUUCCUGUUAUAAUAGCAGAUGCUGCAAUUUGUAAAGAAUUGAGACUUCUUGAAUCGGAAUUUGAGACAGAGGCUAAGGUAUGUGAUAUCAUUUCCGAAGAUCAGGCUCAUGAUUAUGGCAGGCCCAGAUCAAAGGAAGAAACUGUGCACUUCUUGAAUGAACUUGGAUGGCUGUUCCAAAGGAAAAGGACUUCUGUGCAUGAGGGCCCUGAAUAUUCCUCCACUCGCUUAAAGUUUUUACUCAUAUUCUCAGUCGAACAUGACUGCUGUGCUUUAGUAAAAGCAAUCCUGGACAUUAUGGUAGAGAGAAAUUUGGAUAUGGAUGAUUUAUCUAGGGAGUCUUUGGAUAUGCUGACUGAGAUUCAGCUCUUGAACCGGGCAGUGAAAAGGAGGUGCAGACGCAUGGCUGACUUACUGAUUGGUUACUCUAUAAGUGGCAGUAAUGGUACCAAAAAGUAUAUUUUUCCGCCAAGCCUAGCAGGACCAGGUGGUAUUACACCUCUACAUUUGGCUGCAUGUACAACGGAUUCAGAUGAUAUGAUAGAUGCUUUGACAAAUGAUCCACAGGAGAUUGGGUUGUCCUGCUGGAAUACUCUUCUUGAUAGACAUGGGCAGUCUCCAUAUUCUUAUACCAUUAUGAGGAAUAACCACUCUUACAACAAGCUUGUGGAGCGUAAACUUUCCGACAGAAGAAACGGCCAGGUUUCUGUGUUGAUUGGCAUGGAGAUAGAGCGUUCUGGCUUGACAGCGGACCAGACGUAUCAGAUAAGUUCCCAAUUAAGAAAAAAGCAAAAAUCUUGUGCCAGGUGUGCAAUUGUUGCAACAAAAGUCAACAGAAAGGUUCCAGGUACACAGGGCUUGCUUCAUGGUCCUUAUAUUCAUUCAAUGCUUGCCGUUGCUGCUGUCUGUGUUUGUGUCUGCCUAUUCUUGCGAGGUUCUCCGAACAUUGGUCUUGCUCAAUUUAAGUGGGACAACUUGGAUUAUGGUCCAAAGUAAUCAAUAAUGGCAAAACUUGGAUUAUGGUCCAAGGCAUUGAUAAUGGGAAAGAUACACGGAGCCAAGAUAUUGCUUGCAUCUUAUGGUGCAGUUAGGCCAGAGGAGAUAUAUGCGGUGAAAGUGAUGUAGGGCUUGGUCGAAGAAGACGAUGGCAAUGGAAGAAAACAGCAUUUGUGUUUGUAUAUGAAAAAAUUUACUCAAAUUGCAGAAAGCUAGCGCACCUAAGACCUAAGAAAUACAAAACUUGGAAUUGGAGAUUUUGCAAUGAAAACAAAGCAGAGAUUGAGGUCAAAGAUGAUGAGGUGAUUAAGAAGGCACAAGCAAGUGAAUUAUACAGGUCUGAGAACUUCAACUAAAUUAAUUUAUAUAGUUGUUAUUCCAUUUUUUUUUUUUAAAUUCUAGAAAGCUACCAACUUGCAAGUAUAACUGACUUAUGUAUUGGUUUUUGUCACUGUAAAGAAGCUCAAUCAACCACCCAACAAACUAUACCUGUAUGGUUAGAUAGUGAAAUAUUUGUUGACAUAUAUUUCAAAUAAGAGGGCACUCUAAAUGCCCCAUCUCUCUUUUUCUCUUUGCA